UGGUAGGCAGGCCAGGCAAAUCAAAGCCGCCGGCUUCUUCCAGAUCGAGUGACUGUUAUGCUGGAGGAAGGCAUUCCCUGGAGAGUCCCGGAGACAGAAGUGCAGUAUUGCUAGAGCAGGUACAGUACGGAGAGCAGCAAAACAAAUCUCUUCUUCUCUGUCGGGCAUUUACCUUCGCUCAUAGAAUGCCCCUGGGAGGGGGAGGACUGGUUGGCGCUUGGCCUUUUUCCUGCGGCUGCUGACUAAGGAGGCUGUGGUGUUGGGCUUGUUGCAAUGUGAACUUGCACCUGUGCCCUAGCAAACUGGACUGCGAAAAGCAUUGCCAAGAAGGAGCAGCAGAGAAGCCGGGUCUCUGUGCCCAGGAAACCUCUUCCGAGCUGUAGAGCUCAUGCACAGAAAACAAGCGCAGCUCCACUUCUAAGCGUGGAGACCUGCUGCUUCCAUUUCACACCUGAUGGAAGAACUGUGUGCUGGAAAACUUGCCUAAUAGCCAGCUCUACCAGGUGCUCUGCUAAGAGAUUAUCUCCUAUUUACAAAAUUUGUUCAGAAAUGGGGAUGGCAGUUCCAUAUUCUAUUAUUUCCUGUGCACCUGCAGCAAAAUCCAGAAGUUGGAGUUUCACUCCGUACUUCCCCUGAAAUAACGCAGAGAAUGGACAGUAGCAGAAGGCUGCUGUUACAGUACUCCACUUGAAAUCUAGGGUGGACUUGCAGUUAUUUCCUAAACCUCUUGGAAAUCCCAGCGUAAUGGUGAGGAGCACAAAUGUUGCAUUCUUUAUUCCAGUGUGCACCAGUCCCAGCACCACUGCUUAAUUUCUGACGGGGACCAGAACAACUGGGAGAGAUUCCAGGGCUGUGGAUUUACUUCCUUCAUCUCCUGAGUGCAUGUGGAGUCCAAGUCAGUCUUUCACUACAAGCGACAGGACCUCUAGGUCCUCAGCUGGGUGAUUUCCUGCAGAAUUAGUGAUUCCAAUAGCUGUUCUACACUGUUUCUGGACUCUGUAGAUUGCCUCGGUGCUGUGGCCCUCCGUCCUGCUGCAAUGAGUGGGAAGUCCUUGCUCUUAAAGGUCAUUCUGCUGGGGGAUGGUGGAGUUGGGAAAAGCUCCCUCAUGAACCGGUACGUCACCAACAAGUUUGACUCGCAGGCGUUCCACACGAUCGGCGUGGAGUUCUUAAACCGGGACCUGGAGGUGGAUGGGCGUUUUGUGACCCUCCAGAUCUGGGACACUGCGGGGCAGGAGAGAUUCAAGAGCCUGCGAACCCCCUUUUACAGGGGAGCCGACUGCUGCCUGCUGACCUUCAGCGUGGACGACCGGCAGAGCUUUGAGAACCUCAGUAACUGGCAGAAGGAGUUCGUCUAUUACGCUGACGUGAAGGACCCCGAACACUUCCCCUUCGUAGUUCUGGGCAACAAGAUCGACAAGCUGGAAAGGCAGGUGAGCACCGAGGAGGCGCAGGCCUGGUGCAUGGAGAACGGUAACUACCCCUACCUGGAGACUAGUGCCAAGGAUGACACCAACGUGGCGGUGGCCUUCGAGGAGGCCGUGCGGCAGGUGCUGGCGGUGGAGGAGCAGCUAGAGCACUGCGUGCUGGGCCACACCAUCGACCUGCACUCCAGCUCCAAGUCGGGGUCCUCCUGCUGUUAAGAGAGGCUGCUGCUUCGGGAACGUCGCUUGGACCGGCGGCUGGAUCGGAAUAAGUGCGGGCAGCUCUGGGGCACUCUGAGGACGGCGGCCACAAGGACAAUAGGUGGUUUGCUCACUGGGGAGUUUGCAGCCUUACCGUCUGAAUUCUGGCUGGAGUUUCUGGGCACGAAGGAUGUAUCUACAGGAGGGAGAUGUCAGAGAGCAUGCGAAUGUAGUCCUGCUUCCAUCUCUGCCUGUUUUAGCAGGUUUAAAGGACUGGGUUAAACUAAAGACAGUUUCGAUCUGUACCGAGAACUGCCUGCAGAACAAAGCUGAGGGCGCUCCAGACACUCUUUGAAGUAUUUUAGUCCUGAACUCAAAAAAUACUAGACCCACUAAACUCAUGACCCUACUGCCAAAGGAAAGUCUGCUCAGCAUACUGAGUGAAACCUGUUGGGGAGGCUGUAGCCCACACAACUGUGAGAAUGCCAGGUACUGGAGUGGUGAGAUGUGUGUAUCUGUUCCUUGGGAUCAAUGCAUUCUGUCCUGAGACUGAAUUGUGCUAGGAAUUGUUAGAACUCUGUUACGAAACAACAUGCAAAGGACAGAAGAAACCGAAUGCUGCAGCAUCACUUCUUCGUAGCUGCCUGUUUCUGGUCUGUUUUCCCCCACCUUUAACUUUGUCUUGUAUGGGUGUUAUUUUGUGGAGAGACUGGCUGCUGCUUGUUUAAUGUGUUUCCUUGUCUCUUCUGGAGGCCCGACACCAGAUCUUGCUUCUCAUAUCUUGAAUAGCCCUGGAUGAAAAAUACCAACCUGGGUAGUCACCAGGUCAUGUCAAAGGGUUUAGAGUUACUCGGGAGUUCAGGAGACCUGGAGCGUGAAUCCCCAGCGGGUUUCUGCCAGAAGUAAUGGCUGUGUCCAGACGACGUGCUCUGGCAGACUGGAUGGAAGGUGUGUGGGAUGUCUCCUCGGAGUGCAGGUGGCUGUUAAACCCGCUCCUUCUGUGCGUGGGGCCGGUGACCACCGUGCUUUGUUAGCUGGUGGGUCAGCAUCUUCGGUUGCUUUAACUUAGAUGUUCCUAUUUAGAUGCUGCAACGUUAAUACCUGUUCUGUCAGGGGCGGUGCUCUCAGCACAGUUAACUCACGCCAUUGCCCUGGCCCUUGCUCCCUACAGGAGAAUCAAAAACAUUUUGUCUGUAACUCAACUGACGUGCUACUGGUAGCGAAUGGCUGCUCAGUUAAUUGGCCCUUGUUAAUGGCAGCUGUGUUCAGUCCACUGUGGAGAGAUCUGGAGUGAUUCCACUUCUGUUCAAGGUGGCUGAAAAACAUGGGGGGGGCAGGAAGCCUUCUAGGAAAGGAUGCCAGGCUUUGCUAACCCCAGCUCCUGCCCCCUGCUAGGUGUUAGUCCCGAGCUAUUUGUGUGUAGCAGAGAGGUCAGCGCUUGCUGGCUGCUGUCUUUGCCAUUGUAACCUCAUGUCCUGCAGCUUCCCGUGCGAGUGUUUGUUCAGAACUAUGGCUUUGCCUGUAAGCACGUAGGAGCCUGUCACGGGAAGAGCUUUCCUGAGUGUGUAUCCGCUAGCUGCUGAAUGCAGUUCCUACUGUGAUGAGCUACCGGAUUGCAAAUCGCGUAGCUCACGUAGAGCAGCCUCAUAUACUCUGCUUUAGAGCAGGAUAGUCUCCGCUCUCACACUGGCUGGUGGCAGCUAACCCCCAUCCCCUGGCAGUCUCUGAACUUGCAGGGUGUCUCCUCUGGGAACUCAGGGUGAUCCUGCCCUUCUCACAGGGCAGCCACACGUGGAAGGGGCUGAAGCUUUAAUACAAAGUGCUUUGGAGGGAUCUGAUUUCUAAACAGGGCUGAACAUUCACAUUCACAGGAAUGGAUAGGGAGUGCUUGCAGCCUCUGGAAAAUCAGGUCCCUUGAAGUAUAAGAGAAGGCUCUGCCUCUGUAGGUGCAACAUAUUUUUACAGGAUUUUAAAAUUAAUGUUACUAUUUAUUUAACAAUGUCUGACCUCCACCUACCUUUAGAUUUUUCUUCAGUUCAAGACAGCUUAAUAUUUCCUUCAAGAUCCCAAACUCUGACCUGUGGUCCUGCUCCGAACAGCCACGUUCCAUUGGAGCUCAUUCCCACAGAGGCCAUCUGGGCUCAGGCUCCUGUUUGCUGUCCAGCCUGGCACGGGGGCUGCAGAGGAAGCUCCCUGCAGGUGAAACUGCCCCUGUCCCAGCACGGAUCUUGUGAUCUGUGUGAGGACCGUACCUCCGGUGGGCGAGGGCAGGGACGGAGCAGCCUGUGGUGCAGGAGGAAUACAUGCACAGCAUGCUGUUUGCCGUGCCUCGGGUGCGUGUUGACGCUCCUGGCUGAAGCUCAAGAGCCUCAUGGUUCACAGGCUGUGCAAACUGUGUGUGUUCCCUGGAGGGUGCUGCGCAGCAUCUUUUAUUUCUAGCAGAUGUUGGAUUGCCUUUUUAAAACAAAAAAUAUUUUGUUAGGCUUAUGUGUUUUUAAAAAUCCAUUAAAAAGUAUAGUAUAAUAUAUUUAAAUUGUUUAAUUUAUUCUAAAUGAUACGCACAAUUUCCGAAGGAGCCAGGAUCUUGAACUCUGUUGCAAAGUUCAGUGCCAACAGCUGUCCUCUCCCUGUGUCCACUCAUGCUGCUGCAGUUGUUGCUAUCGCUACGGAACUGGAAUUGUAAAACUGAGAUUCUACCUUUAUUUAAGCAAAUAAAACAUGGAUGUACUCGAGUGAAGUCA